UGAAAUCUCCAUUCUUUAACACACAACGGUUUUGCCUUUUAUAUUAAUCGAGAUGAGGACAUCACACCAUCAGUAUCCCAGCAGGAGCAGUGGACUCGCUGCCAUAUGCACCUUCUCUGUGGGCUAUAUAUUAUGGGUGUGCUGGGUGCACCGUGUCACCGGUAUGUGGGUGUACCCUUUCCUGGAACACAUUGGGUCAGGAGCCAGGAUCAUCUUCUUCGGAUCAACAACCAUCUUAAUGAACUUUCUGUACCUGCUGGGAGAAGUUCUGAACAGCUAUAUCUGGGAUACACAGAGAAGUAUGGAAGAAGAGAAAGAGAGACCUAAAUUGGAAUGAGAUCCAAGUCUCAAAGGAAGAGCAAGACAGAACAGCCACUGAAUUCUGUUACCCCUAGGGCUUUGGCAGUGCAGGAGAGAAAACUUCAAAGGAAGCAGUGGCAUCAACCAAAACUCCAUGACCCUGAGAAAGGACACCUUUUAUGUAUGAUAUGUAUAAAAGUGGAAUACGCUGGUCUCCAAAAUAACUCAUCCAUUGUGUUUUAAAGUAUUCUUUCCAAAUCCGUUACUGAUAACAUCUUCUCUUUUCCUUUUCUAGUUUUAAAACUAAAAUUGGUCAUUGGAUUUUCAUUUCUGCCAUUAUAACUCCAUUAAAUUAAGGAAGAAUAAAAUUCUAUUGUGCUUCUUCUUGAGAAAUGUAUGGGAGGUAAAGGGUCCUGAAAGUGGCUGGAAUAGUGAACCUAGCCCACACUGCAGACCUGAGAGGAAACAGGAUAGAGGAUUUCUACUGCAAUAAAAUCACAGUUGCCUCAAAUGAGCAAUGUUGUAAUAAUAUAUCAACUUAGUCAAAUCCCUGAGUGUACUUGCAUCUUCUGAUUUAAUCUUGUGAAACUCUUCCUAAAUGUAAAUCUUAACUUUAAUAAAGACCAACCAGCCCCAAAUCUGAUGUCUGCAUGAUGCAUCUCAAAAUUGGAACAACGUUGGUGUCUCUGUCAUU